UAAAUCACUUUGCGGCAGAUUCGUUCUUUUAGUGUUGCUUGUUGUUUGCUAAAUAUUUAUUUAGAUGAUUUGCUAUAAAACAUAAAUACCACAAUUUAAUAUUUAUACAAUAAUUUGAUUAUGAUUAUUACCACGCCACACCCCCAAAACCCUAAAAGGAGGGGCUUGUUUUCUUGGGCAUAAAUCGCAUUUGUGAUUCAAGAAAGUUGAGCUCUUUCUUUAUUCUGGGGUUAUUAUCAUUAUAGUAUAAUGAAGACUUUAACAAAGAUUAUCCUAGCGAGUAUCGGUGUUGUUUUUAUAUCUAUCAAAUGGAGUGCGCCAAGUUUUCAGCCGGAAACCCUUCGAGGUGCCAGGGUACUGGUUACUGGGGCCAGUACAGGGAUUGGAGAACAAAUGGCUUACCAUUAUGCUCGUUUUGGAGCUCAGCUAGUGAUUACAGCAAGAAGAGAGAAAGUGUUACAGCAGGUUGCUGAUAAGUGUUUAAGUUUGGGAGCCCAGAAAGCCCUCUACAUUGCAGGAGACAUGGCCAUUGAAUCAGACCCAGACAAAGUGGUAGAAUUUACCCUGGAAAAACUGGGAGGACUGGAUUACUUGGUUCUCAACCAUAUUGGUCCUUCGCCGUUCAGCAUGUGGAAGGGUGACAUAGAGCACACCAGGUGGCUCAUGAAGGUCAAUUUUUUCAGCUAUGUUCAGAUGGCCUGGAAAGCCCUGCCAUCACUAGAACAAAGCAAAGGUUCACUGGUGAUAGUUUCUUCACUUCUAGGUAAGAUGGCUGGUCCCUUUACUGCCCCUUACACUGCAACAAAGUUUGCCUUAAAUGGCUUUUUUGGCUCUCUUCAGCAUGAACUUGCUAUGAAGAACAGCAAUGUGUCUCUGUCUAUUUGUACACUGGGUCUCAUUGACACAGAUUCUGCGAUGGAGAAAGUCAGGGGGGUCAUUGAUGUCCCAGCUGCCCCUGCGUCUGAAGCAGCUUUGAACAUCAUCAAGACAGGAGCCACAAGACAGGCAGAGCUCUACUACCCCUGGAAUACAUUUGUUUUAACUCUUACUAAAGACUGGAUCCCUUCUGCCACCAACUACAUUAUCCGGAACGCAUACAACUACAUACCAUGAUAACAUUACAGCCACAAGGAAUGUGUUAUUUAGUGGUAAAUGUGGUUAUGGGAGAUUUUCAGUCUAGACACUGGACCUGGUUGAUGUACUUCUGUAAUGUGAAUGCACAUUUAUUUAAUGUGUUUAACUAUGCAUUUAACUGUUUGACACACAGUAUUUUGGAUAUGAUGUUUACUUUCAGUAUAUCUUAUACAUACCGUACUGACUAUUUUUGUGUAUGUCCCGAUACGGUCAGUGAGUUAAACUAGAUCGUUCUCUUAGUCAUUUUCAUAUUUUAUUUUAUUAAUUUAGUAAUUGAAUCAGAUAAUAGCAGGGUUUAAUUCCAUAGGUCAAUAAUGUUUAAAAGGGUCAUUGUCAGGCAAAACUAAUAUUGUUAAUGUGCAGUAUUUUGGUGUGGUAUAGUGAGAUGAUGGACCUAAAGUAGGCCUCUCCAAACAAUCAAAAUCUCAUAUAUAUAAAUAAAAUACUGCGCAGAACUCUCAAGCUCCCAGGCCUCUGUUGAGGACCCGAGCUGAAUGAGGGUGAGAGAGACCUACCACCGUGGAAGGUGAGAAACACAUUUAUACAUAUAUAUAAUGAUCGAGAAAUUGAAAAAUUAUACAAAUAUAAUAAUAAUAAUGUAUUAUUUUUGUAAUAUCACCCAGCCCUAACCUAAACACUAAUAUAAAUAGUCUAAGUAAUCAACUUUAUCCACCAGUGGGCAGUACUGUAAAUAAAUAAAUACAAGUAAAUUAACCUGAAUACACGCAGUCUUCUCAACUUCUAAUUUUUUUUUUCUAAACGCUGAUCAAAACCAUACCAAUCCGCAGUAAUUGAAAGAUUGGGAGCUUGAUCCAUACUGGUACAGGCUAUGGGUGCACACUGUCGUUGUGUCCUGGCCUGGCCUUGUUUUACCUGUUUGAAUGUUUAAGUGGGACUGAGUGAUUGUAAUUGUUACUGAUUAAAGAAGCAAAGUGUGAUUGAGAAAUGACUGACAAAGGCAGAACUAGAUCU